AUGUGUCUCCUCUUGCUUUCCUAUGUUCAUGUUCUUUUUUUUUUCCUCCCUUCAUUUUAUUGCGAGAACAACGCUUUAGUGACUGAAGAGUAAAUUCGUAUUUUGAAGCCGAAAUAUUUCACUAAGUUUUCAAAGGUGAUCUGAAGCAAUGGCCCGUACCAAGCAGACUGCCCGUAAGUCCACUGGAGGCAAAGCUCCACGUAAGCAGCUGGCCACAAAGGCCGCUCGCAAGAGUGCUCCUUCUACUGGAGGUGUCAAAAAGCCCCAUCGCUACAGGCCUGGUACUGUGGCUCUGCGUGAGAUCCGUCGUUAUCAGAAGUCCACUGAGCUGCUGAUCCGCAAGCUGCCCUUCCAGCGCCUGGUGAGGGAGAUCGCCCAGGACUUCAAGACCGAUCUGCGUUUCCAAAGUGCGGCCAUCGGUGCCCUGCAGGAGGCCAGCGAGGCCUACCUGGUGGGUCUGUUUGAGGACACCAACUUGUGCGCCAUCCACGCCAAGCGUGUCACCAUCAUGCCCAAAGACAUCCAACUGGCACGUCGCAUCCGUGGGGAGCGUGCUUAAAAUGUUUUUUUGUGUUUUUUUUUUUUUCAUUUGGGUUAUGAAAUGCUGUCCUCUUGUUUCUCUCUCUCCUUCCUCUAUACUUAGUAGUUUGGUUUGAGGUUCUAUAUAUAUCAUAUGAUUGUGAUAACCGUAAAUGUGUGAUCAUGUCUUCUUUGGUGCUACAAGUAGCUGAUAUUCCAUAGAGGUAUCUUAAUGUAACUUUCAAACUUUGAAUCAGAAUACACUCAUGAAUAUCUAUUAGUAAGUGCACAGGAAUACCUUGUUACCUCGAAGGUGUUUUUGCAGGCAAGAAGAGUAUGAUUUGAAAUGGGUAUAAGGAAUUAGCAUUAAGGUUGACAUUUUCAUCUGAGAAUGGACACAAUUAUUAUGAGUUUUGAUCUUUUUUUUUUAAAUAGAAAUUUGAAAAAGUAGUGAUUUAGUUUUUUUUGUUCUUUUUUCAUGAAAAUAGUGUAUUUCUACUGUUACUAUUCAGUGUAUCAAAAUGCAAAAGUUUGAUUCUGGUUGUCAAUUGGAAAUGUCAUUGUGCUAUGAUGACAACUGCAUGGUUUGACAGACUACAAGCGGCAUAUAUGUAGCAAACCUGUGUUGAUCAUGUUUUGAUUUUCAACCAUGUUAUUAUGUCCAGGUAAUUUUUUUUUCCUCUCUCAGGUUGAUAUGAUAACCUAAUUUUUUUCUACUGUGUUUUUGAUUUAUGUUUUCUGUCAUUUUUACGAGCAAAAUAUUUUUACUCUGGAAUUCACAUUUAAACAUAAUAAACUGAUUCUUGUGGUUAAAGUCUA